AUACAGUACCAAUGGAGAAUUGACACGAAAUGAAAGGAAUGUGCGCGUGGGUGAUGUAACUCGUAAGAAGGGACUGCAUAAUGCAUUUUCGUUCAUGCGCGUUUAACUUCUAAGCACACGUUUUUCAUAACUUAUUGUGACGAAAAAGUUCGAUAUAUACUCGUAGUUGGGAAAGCGGUUGCCUGGUUCACGUAGUUGGCAAGCCGUUUGAUCCACCUGACCAACUGACGCAAAAAAUAUUUUCUAACGCAAACUGCUUUUGAGUUGAAACCAAUAGGCGCGCCCAUGCGGAUCACAUGAUAGACCAUGUGACAAAUGUUGACCAAUUGAGGCAACGUAUUUCUUUGCAAAUGCGCGGAAGCUCAUUGACUAGGAUCUAUCCUGGAAAAUAAUGGCUGAAGUGGAUUUUGGAGAUGCACAGCUCUUUGAGCAAUUGGAUGAUGUGGUCCCUGCUCCCACACACAUUCGAUUUUCGGAUGGGGAGAGCACCGAUGCGUUGGAUGACGAGGGAGAGGCCGGGAUGCUCCGUAGACGUCUGGACGAGUGCGGAGACUGCAUUGAGAAGCUAACGAAAGAGAAUACAGCUUUAAGGAGAAAAUUGAAAAUCCUGACGCGGCCCAGCGGAAUCACCAUAGAAGAUGUCAAUGUCGACGGGCCCAUCGCUCAAAUUAUUUAUUCCAACAGUGUUAUUUCCAAGCAGUGUCGUCAAGAAAUUGAGGAUUGCAUCUAUGGAGUAAUAAUGAGACACCAAAAAGAAGGAAAUCACAGUAGACGCUCAGCAUCAGCACACAUCAAGCCACAGCCUUCUUCAUUUGCCAUGGAUGAAGACCCAGUCAAGAUGUCUUCCACUAGCGUGAGAACCACAACAGAAGCUUUUAAAGUGGUGGGCAGCGUGCUGCACUUCAGCAGUUUCAGUGUGGACAAACUGGGGCAGCCACUGGUCAACGAAAGCCCUCAACACACCGAUGGAUGGGAAGUGCCAAUCUACCAACAGAUCUUCAAUCAAGUUAUCGGCAUCGACGGGCAGGACAUAGAAGUGAAGGAAAAAAGGCCCAAAUCAAUGUGUUUCAACUGUGGUUCAAGUGCUCAUCAAAUGAGAGACUGCCCCAAACCUAAAGACUUGGCAGCCAUCAGUGAGAGAAGAAAAGAGUUCAACCAGUACCAGAAUCAUGCAGGACUUGGGAACCAACGCUACCACGCAGAUGAAGUGGAGGAACGAUUCUCCAAAUACAAGCCGGGAAUCUUGAGUGAAGAGCUUUUGUCAGCGCUUGGAUUGGACGGCAACACCCUACCGCCUCUCAUCUAUCGCAUGAGGAAGCUAGGAUACCCGCCUGGUUGGCUCAAAGAAGCCGAAAUGGAGAAGUCUGGUUUAACGCUUUACGAUGGAAAUGUGUCCAAUGACAACAGUAUGAGCAGCCCACAAAAUGUCUCUUAUGACAUUUCCAAACUGGUGGAUUUCCCUGGAUUCAAUGUGCCUGUGCCGCACAAAGUCAAAGAUGAAUUCAUGCGUUACAGUUCCAUUCCCAUACAGAGCAACCACCUGAAGCACAACUAUGCCGCCUACCUGUCCAGCCACUUUGCUUCGUCCGAUAGCCCAAGCAGUAAGAGGCCUCUCGAGUCGGACUCGUCUCAACACAUCAUGAAGAAGCACAGAUCCAGCUAUGAAAGCGACUCCGACAUGGAUAUUGAAUCAGAUCCCGGCACCCCUUACCGAUCCUGCCGCCAGGGCAACUCUCACUUCCAACCACCGCUGCCAGUUGGUUCCCCGAGCUUCAGCUCGCCUCCGCCGCAAUGCACCCCACCUGCCACUCCCACGCCGCCGCCCCGUACGCCCACCAAUGGCUCCCCGGCAACGAGGGGCCACGAAUGGGUGGUGGUGGAUGAUGCUGUGGAGGGGACAGAGGAUGAGCUAACCCUAGAGGAGCUGGAGGAGCAGCAGAGAUUAAUCUGGGCAGCACUCCAGAAUGCAGAUACUGCCAACAGCAACACGGUAACGUCCACAGCAGGGACUCCCACGGGACAGUCGGCCAACUUGUCCGCGCCUAUACAAGAUGACUCUGAAAUGGAAAACCUGGAAGUUGGGGGCUACACGGAUGAGAAUCCAAUACCGCACGGCGAAAUUUCUCAUAACGACGGCACCCUUAGCCCACCCGCAUCCCGAGAGGGCGACGUCUCGAAUGCUGAUGACGUUCUUCCGGCUACUUCCAAACAAGGAAGCGCCCAAAGUCCUGCUGCGCCUGAAUCCAAAGUAGACUGUCCCCAGCGCCCUUGUCCAAAAGAAUUCCCAGAACAUCCCCGAAGUCCAGGUCCAAUCGAAUCUCAGGACGAAAGCCCUCAAAGUCCCGCUCUGCUUGAAUCACAAGAAGAUAGCCUACGAUAUCCGAACAAAGUCCAGGAAGACUGUCCCCAGAGCCCCAAUCAAGAUUCUCUGAAUGUAAACGCAGCCAACCCCAAGGUGUUGGCCGUUCCCCAUCGGAGCCGCUUCGCAGAGGGCAUCGUACCUUUUGAGGAAACGCCGGAGUACACGGAGGUGGCCGAAGCUAAGGGGACGUACCUCCGCAUCAGGGACUUGCUCAAGAGUUCGCCUAGAAAUUUAAACAAAAAGAAAAAUGACUGAAAAAAAAUUGUGACUUGUGCUUUUCCUUAAAUGAUUUUUAUGUACUGCACCUAAUGAGUCAGAACAAAUAAUUCUUUCCAUUUUAUUAUUAAUUGUACAUUUGUCACGUUUCUGAAAUUUGAUUUUUUUUUGUAUUUUUGAUGCUUUCAACAGUGUUGAUGUAAACCUGUUUGAAUGGCCUAACAAUGUUUUUUUUCCUCAAAUAAAUUUGAGUGACAAACUGUUCCACUU